GCUGGUGUAUAGGGCAGGAAGUUGUGUCGGGAGACCUUACACACAUAAUGUGAUCCAAGGGAAGCUAAUACUGGUGGGACUAUAAUGUGAGCAAACAUGUUGGAAUAUCACGUGAUAGCCCUGUUGCUUGCGUCAUACGCUGGUAUAUCUGUUCAGCACGGUUUUCUCAGUUGGCCUCCACAGAGAUCGUCUCUAUGGCGACAGGGACACGAGUCACCUAUCAACUACAACGAUAACGCCCUCUGGUGUGGAGGAUUACCUUACUUCACACAAGUAGGUGAAAAGUGUGGAACUUGUGGUGACGCCUACUACGGUCCUCAUGACCACGAGGCUGGUGGGAAGUACGGCCUUGGGAUCAUUGGUGUCCGUUAUCCCAUGGAUACCGCGUCAAUCAAGGUCACGCUCACCAUUAACGCCUAUCACAAGGGGUUUUUCGAAUUCAAGAUUUGUCCUCACAACAACCCAUUGUCGCCUGUCCAACAGGAAUGUUUGGACCAGCAUCCUCUCAAAGUACGGGAGGCAAAGAAGGAUGAAAAAGGCUUAAAGUACUUCCCUCCGAAAGGUGGCGAGAUCGAGUUGAACGUUGAACUUCCGAAGGGAAUACGGUGUAGUCAGUGCGUUCUUCAGUGGAAAUAUAAAACAGGAAAUAGUUGGGGACAGGACCGAGAUGGCAAUAGCUGCCUGGGUUGCGGACCACAGGAGCAGUUCCAGAAUUGUGCUGAUAUAAGUAUUGGCUAUGACGCCCCGCCAGAAGAAAAAACAUUCGGUUUUACAAAGAGAUCAGUCACUGUUCACGAAGAACAUACAAAACGUCCUGCUAUAGACAGAGGCACAAUAGCUCCAGAUCAAAUAUUGCAACCGAAGGACGCAAAUACCAACACGUUAUCUCCCAGUGAGCGAUAUGUUGUUUACGGUCAGAGUGUGAUCACGUCCGCCCCUGAUCUGCCUCCUCCACCACCGAAGGUUCCCCCGAAAAUUGACAUCAGUGCUGUUACUCUCACUGACCAACUUCAAGAGAUUAUGUCACGACAAACUUUGUCGCUGACUAAUCCUCCCGUACCGCCGUUAUACAUAGACCAAUGGACUACCCAGAAACCAAGCAGUUUACAACCCACAAAUAUACCCCCGAAACAAAAGGAAGAGAGCUUACCUUUAAGCAAUCAACCAAAGAAGACAGAACCGUCAGCUGUCGUAGACAUUCAACAUCACACAACGAGUCCCCCUGGAAGGCGAUUCGCGUGGAAACAAGUGGAGGUUCGCACAUCCAAAAACCUAGAAACGCACGGUAAACACAGGACAGGUAUGGUCAUUAGUAAGCCCCUUCCUCCAGGAACGAAACCUAAACCCAGUUUUCCUACGUCUGUACCAAAUAAAAUCAAGAAUGCUAAUUUAUUAUUAUCUGCAUUGACGGAUCGGAAGACUACGUCGAGGACUCAUACGCGUGGUAGUGGUGUACGACGGUCUAGAACGAAACCUAAGAAACUGACGAGAAAGCAGAGAAGGAGGGCUGAACAGCUUGCCAAAAAACAAAGACGAGAAGCUGCCAGAUUAGCAAAGAAGGCUGCUAAACUGGCUAGAAGAAGAAAGUCAAAAACUGAAACAAGAAGAUCCCGUCGGAGGAGAGUAAUGAUAACAAGGAAAGAAAAGAAAUCUGAGAAAUCCCUACCGGUACCUCCUCAGCAAACACUUCCAGCCAUGAGUGUUAUCUCGGCUAGGGUAGCAUCGACUCACAACCAAAACACAGAAAGGAAGGGUAGCACGCAACGGGCCGCCAUUCAUCAAUCGACUAUAUCGACCCGGGUUACAAUGAGUAAGCAUGAUCUUUCACAGAAACCUACUACCGUUAGCGUUACUUCAAGAAAACAUUCGGUUCCCACUGAAAAACAACAUCAGGUACAGAAUUUAGAUACACUAACGAGCAAUCUAAGUUCAAGGUCAUCAAAAGGACGACAUUCUUCUAAAAGAACUAGUACCGUUGUUUCCAGAACGAGUUCAUCCACACGAUUGUCUCAAUCAAGAUCAUCGUCCAAAGGGUCUCGAAAUCGAUAUAGCCGUAGGAGAUCAAACUCGAGGAAAAAAGAUCGUCAUCAACACAAACAGAAAUCGGAUAAAAAUCAACAUUCUAGAUCUGUAGCAAAGCAAGGAAGUCAGCCGGAGUACUCCAAGUCGUACCUAGAGUUAGUAUCAAGCCUGAAAAAGGUUAUAAACCAAGCUGAAAAGGUGGCAGUGAAACCCAACGUUCUUAAGUCAAUGAAGGAAGUGCUGAGUGCUGUUUCAAACGGUGACCCAACUUUGGCUGGGCGGAGGUUUAAAUGUUUUACCAACCCAUCAAGUUGUUCUCGGAGCGGAAAUAGAAAAUUGCGCAGUCGUGGCGGCUAAUUAUAAUGGCAUAAUUAUCAGAAGGAGUUUUCAUACCAAUGAUAUUUUAUGGAUGAGUGAAUCUUUAAACAUAAUCACGUGUACAAAUGUAACGCGAAUCCUUCAAGAUGUUCUCUGGACGGAAAUGCCAAAUCUCCCAUCGUGGCGUUAAGUUCUAGUAGUAUUUCCCUUAUGCAGAAUUAUCACGGAAUAGAUUGUGAACAACUGGAUUUUUCAUAUUAACUUUCUUUCUGAAAAAGGACGUUUGGCAAAAAAAACAGUUUGAGUAAAAAUAUUAACACGACAUUGAACACACGUAGCCUGUAUUUUAUCCACAAAGAAUCGCUGACUGGCAUAUGUGGAUAAUUAUCUUAUUUUGCAAACCUGACGCAGAAAAACGUAGGACAAAAAACUUGGGCAGGUGAUUCUAACCACAAUCAUUUUGAGAUGAAAACCUGAAUAUAGUAGAUUGUACAUUGUAUAAUGUGACAUUUUUCGUUGUAUACAGAAUCAAAAAGAGGAUACGCCAUACUGUCACCACAUAAUUGAAGAAUACUGUUCUCAUUUAGAGACGUGACCCAUUUUCUUUCAUGUACGUGUAGUCUACCUGAACACUGAUUGUAAGCAAUGUACAUGUAUGUCAAUUCAAUUAGUCUCACGUCUGUCUGUUUUUAUCACACGAUGAGCAUUUUGUCUUUCCAGUGAAAAUAAUUUAAAAUGUAUAGAUAAAGUAUUCGGUAAGGUAUAAUCUAUGGAGCAAACAUACUCUUUUCGGUUAAUCAAUCCAUCUGUCGGUGUACAUAAUUAAAAUUAAGAUAUUUUUUUUACAUUAGGUCAAAAUGUUAACUAGUUUUUUGGCGAUAACUUCAAAAUUUAAAGGUUCACAAUUAUCACUUCAUUUUAAUAAUAUUAAAAGCAAUAAAAAGAGUGGCGAUAAUCCGGACACUCGGAAGAUCCGGAUUAUUGAAACAGGAAGUGUCACAAUUAACUAUCAAGAGUUUCUAAAAAAAAACAUCCGGCGAUGUCUAUUACAAAUUGAUGAGAUUCCACGACACCAUCCCUCUACACUGAUAUAGAACCGGGUGAUAUGAGAUUCCACGACGCCAUCACUCUACACUAACACAGAUCCGGGUUAUAUGAUAUUCCACGACACCAUCCCUCUACACUAAUAUAGAACCGGGUAAUAUGAGAUUCCACGACGCCAUCCCUCUACACUAACAUAGACCCGGGUUAUAUGAGAUUCCACGACGCCAUACAUCUACACUAACAUAGACCCGGGUUAUAUGAGAUACCACGACACCAUCCCUCUACACUAAUAUAGAACCGGGUAAUAUUAGAUUCCACGACGCCAUCCCUCUACACUAACAUAGACCCGGGUUAUAUGAGAUUCCACGACGCCAUCCCUCUACACUAACAUAGACCCGGGUUAUAUGAGAUUCCAAGACGCCAUCCCUCUACACU